AUGUUGUGCUCUCAUUUGCGUCCGUCGCUCCCUCACCUCUUGUCGCUGAGGCUUCUGGGUACCGCAGCCUCCAGGACUGCAGCCAUCAAGCAGCCUGAGCUCCUGACAGCCACUCUGGCCUUCGAGGAUCCCAGCGCCUUCAGGGUGAAGAGUCUGGGGGAGCUGCUCCGGGCUCUGGGCGUCUUCAGACUCUGUUCCUUCCCCGUGCUGGUUAACAACUGUGGAAAGCUGAUGUCGGUGGCUCGUACCCUCCUGGGCAGGAGGGGGUUUUCCCUGCUGCUGCGACCCACCGUCUACGCCCAGUUUGUGGCCGGAGAGAAUGAGAGCGAGAUCUCUCAGUCCAUGGAGAAGAUGAGCUCGCUGGGACUGAGGCCCAUGUUGGCUGUUCCCAUAGAGGAGGAUCUGGGGGAGAGCACCGGGGAGAAAAGAUACGACGACAACAUGGAGGCCAUGUUGGAAUGUGUGCGGAUGUCCCACAGCAACGCCUGGUGCAAAGACCCGAUGAUGCAGCUGAAGAUCACCGCCCUGCUCAGCCCGGAGCUGUGUGUGAAACUUACAACCCUCAUCGCACAACAACCGUACGAUCUGGAUCUCCUUGUCAGAGCGAUGGAUGGAGAGACGGUCUCCUUCCCUGGUUUAGAUGAGAAGGAAGCCGCUCACUUCCUGUGUAGCCUGAAGAGAUUCAACAAAAUAUCAGAGGCCAGCGUGAACAAAGUCAGAGUGCUGGUGGAUGCAGAGUACACCUACAUGAACCCCGCCCUCUCUCUUGUCACCAUGGCGAUGAUGAAGAAGUUUAACAAAGAUGGCGCCUGGAUUUGGAACACCUAUCAAUGUUACCUGAAGGAGUCCAGGUCUCUCCUGUUAGACGCUCUGAGUCUGUCCAAAAACGAAGGUUUCUGUCUGGGCGUCAAGCUGGUACGAGGAGCCUACAUGGACAAGGAAAGGAAGCUUGCAGAGAAAGAAGGUCGCUUGGAUCCCAUCCAUAAGUCCUGGAGCAACACCAAUGACAGCCAUAACAACUGCCUUA